CCUUACAGUGUGCCUUACAAUCCACAAAUACAUCAAUACUGCCCUGGGUUCAGUACGCUGCUGGCUGGGGAGCCAUGGUCAUGAGCGGGCUUGGGUGUGCGAUUGCGGUCGCUGUGGCGAAGCAGAUCGUCAGCAAGCUAUUUGUCGGCGGUGAAUACGCUGCGGCGGAAGUCACUCUGCAGUGGAGGUACAGAGAGCAGGUGCUGGAGAUGGGGGAGAAGAUGAAAGAUAUCGAGGCCGUGCUGGGCGAUGCCGACGAGAGGUCGCGUCGAGGAGGGGAAGCCGGAAGAGUGUUUCAGCGGUGGCUUAUGAAGUUUAAGCGUGUCGCCUACGACGUCGAGGACGUGCUGGAUGAGCUUGACGCUGAUGAGCUCAUCAGCAACACACAAUCCAAGGCCAGCUUAUGGUUUUCGAGAAACAAUCAACUCCUGCAGCGAAUGACCAUGCCCCACAAGAUGAAAAAGGUGAUGAAGAAAAUAGACCAGAUUAAAAAGGAGGGCAGUAGGGAUCUCAAACUUGUGCCUCACGAAGCAAGGGGAGAAGGGAGCAGAAGCAAUGAAACACUUGCAGCCAACUGGACUGCUCAUGGAAUGGAAACAGGGAUGGUGGGGAGGGGUAUCGAGAAGGAGAAGAUAAUCAGCCUGCUACUCACAAGUGAAGAAGCCAACCAGGAUAUCUCUAUCAUUCCAGUUGUCGGCCUUGGUGGCAUAGGCAAGACAACAUUGGCUGAAUCAGUUCUUGCAGACAAGAGGGUCAGUGUCUUUGACAUCUCAAUAUGGGUUAAUGUGUCCAUGCAGUUUGAUUUGCACAAAAUUGGGAGUGUCAUCCUGAAAAGAAUGAUGGAUAACCUUGACAACUGUGAUUUGCAAUUUCAUCUGAAAAAAGAACUUGCUACUAGAAGAUACUUGAUUGUUCUGGAUAAUCUCUGGGAAGAAGAUGGAAAUAAUCUUGAAAGGCUCAAGGAGAUGUUACAGCAUGGCCGAAAGGGCAGCCGUGUUAUAGUAACUACCCGAAACCUAUGCGUAGUGCAACAAUUGCGCACUGGUUUUCUUGCAAAUCAGAGGAAAAUUUCUCCGGUCCCAGCGUCCGACAUAAUCAAUUUGGGUGUUUUAGAACCCGCAGAAUGUUGGGAAUUAAUGAAGCAAAGGGCAUUUGGGCCUGAUGAUGACCAUAGUAGCUUGGAAGAAAUUGGACAGCAGAUUGCAGCCAAGUGUGGAGGAUUACCGCUCGUGGCAAAUGCUCUUGGGCAAGUAAUGUCAGAGCUAAGGACCGUGGCAGCAUGGGAACAUAUAAGAGAUACCAAGGUUGAUUUGGGUUUGAGAGAAGGACAUCAGAAAGAAACAUUAGAGAGGCUAAUGAUGAGCUAUUACCACAUGAAGCUAGAAUUCAGGAUGUGUUUCACGUACUUGGCAACCUUCCCCAAGGGCUUUGUCAUGUAUGAUAAUCAUCUAAUCCAGCAAUGGAAUGCACUUGGAUACAUUAAUUCAAGGCAUGAUGGUCAAAGGUGCAUCAACUACCUUUUGGGGAUGUCCUUUCUUCAGAUUCCAGGAUCUGCUUCGGCCAGUCCAAGUCCAUUGCAUUGCAAAUCUCCUCCAGAACUUGUCAUGCAUGAUUUGGUGCACGAUCUUGCAUCAGAAAUUGUUGCUGAUGAAUUCAUUGAUCUGGAUGCUACCAAAAGCACUAGCUGGAACAGGCCUAAUUACUACCGACAUGCACAGUUAACCAACUUCAAUAAUGAUCCCGCGGUUUUCAAAUAUGUUCCAGACAAGCUGAGGUCCCUCCAUUUUAGGGAUUUGGGGGGAUUGCAACUACCGAAAAAGGCAUUUGCUCAGUCCAAGUACAUACGUGUCUUGGACCUAAGUGGACAUUCAUCCAAAGGCCAAUCCGCUCCAAGUAGCAUGACGCUGCCAUCUUCUGUAAAUCAAUUGAAGCUACUUAGGUACCUUGACGCCACAGGCUUGCCAAUAACAUCACUUCCAAAGUACUUUCAUGCACUUCAAAACAUGGAAACUCUUAUUAUGUCUAAUUCCUUGCUUGAAACCUUGCCUGAUAGUAUUUGUUGCCUCAGCAAACUCUGCUAUUUGGACCUAUCUGGCAGUAGCAGCCUCAGUAAGCUACCUGCAUCACUAGGGGAGCUCUCUCAACUCUUUUUUCUUAAUCUAUCUGGGUGUUCUAUACUCCAAGAGUUGCCUGACUCUAUCUGUGAGCUUACAUGCUUACACCACCUAAACAUGUCAGAUUGUUGUGCUCUUCAAAAGCUCCCUGAUAAAUUUGGUGGCCUUCAUAAACUCUCAUUCCUAAAUUUGUCAAGUUGUUCAAAGCUCACCAAACUACCUGACAAUAUAAGCUUCCCAUGUUUAGAACAUCUGAACCUAUCGAGUUGCCAUGAGCUAGAAAACCUACCAAUUGAUUUCGCUUACAUUCAGAAACUUGAGUCUGUGAACCUCUCUGGUUGCUACAAGGUUUCAAUGCUGCCAGGAUCAUUUUGCCAACUUAAUCAUUUGAAAUACCUAGAUGUUUCAGAUUGUCAUAACCUUGAAAAACUACCUGAAUAUUUUGGUCAUCUCAUUGAGCUUGAAUAUUUGAACCUAACAAGUUGUCCUAAGCUCCGACAAUUGCCUGAAUCACUAUGCAAGUUGUCUAAGCUGAGGCGUCUCUAUUUGUCAUAUUGUCUGAGGCUUAGGGAGCUCCCCUCCUCAUUUGGUGACCUUCAACUUCAAAUACUGCACAUGAAUGGCCUUCUAUAUAUGUAUGAUUGCCCUGAUAGCAUUGGUGACAUGACUAGUCUCACCCAGUUUGUGAUUGAUAUUGCAACUUCUAGGUUGCGUAAAAAGAUUCCAGCCAUUGUAAAGCGUCUAAAUCUUGUGGGCACAGUAAGACAUCACGUACAUGAGAUAGAGAGUAGAGGAUGCAACAGUAUAGUGGAUCUUUGGGGAUUGACUUGUUCAGAGCUGAUACUUGAAGGCCUUCAGAAUGUCACGCAUCCAGAAGAUGCAGACAGAGUCAAACUACGUGAUAAAUCAGAUAUUCGAGUAUUAAAACUUCUCUGGGAAAGCGAAGGAGGUAAAUCUGUGCUGGACCGGCUCGUACCUCCACGGACUCUGGAAAACUUUUCGCUAGUUGGGUUUAUGAGCAAGGAUUUCCCUAACUGGUUGUUUCACAUCUCGUCCUACCUCCCUUUUCUCAGCGAACUGGCUCUUGAUGGUUUGGAAGCAUGUGAUUGUCUUCCUCCAUUCGGGGCAGUACCAAAUUUAAGAAUGUUGUCUCUGAAGAACAUUCCCAACAUUAGGAAAAUCGGUAAGGAAUUUUAUGGAGAGGGCGGACCUUGUAUGAAACUAAGAGUUCUGCAAUUGGAGUUGAUGGAGAAUUUGGUGGAAUGGUGGACAACAGAGUCAAGUAAAGAAAACAAAGAGUUUCUAAUCCCUAAUUUGCAUCUUUUGUUGGUAGUGGACUGCCCAAAGUUGAAGUUCCUACCAUAUCCCCCAAGAAGUAUGCAUUGGGGUUUGAGCAACAGCGAGACAGUUUGGCCAGAGCGAGGAUUCGGAAUGCUCUCCUCUUCCAUUCACCCUUUUGAGAUGGUUCUAAAGAACUGUAGUUUCUGUCAAGACAAUGGCUUGAGGACUUUGCCAGAGGUCAUGCGAUGCUUCACCUCUCUCACUAGACUAUGGUUGCUGUCGUUGAAUGACCUGGAAAUAUUACCGGAAUGGUUGGGACAGUUCACUUCUCUAGAAAAACUUUUCAUCGGAGAUUGCCCCAGCCUGACAUCUUUGCCUGAAAGCAUACAGAGUCUCCCAGCUUUGAAGCUACUCGACAUUGCUCAAUGUCCAAGUCUGAUUGCAAGGUGCCAAGGGGAGGAUGCCCACAAGAUUAGUCAUAUCCCCGAAGUCCAAUUCGGGCAUUGAAGGAGUCACUGUGAAGCAACGCGCUAAUCACAUUGUACAAAGUUAUGAAGAGCUGGGUGUAGGAGAGGAACCGGUGGAAAUUAUUGACCCCCUCUGCCCUUUGGUUGGACAACGACGAGGCGGAGGUGUGCAGCUCCUUCCAGUAUCGUGGCGUGGUGCUCAACUCCAUACUUCAUACUCAUCACAAGGAGGGAGGUGCUGGAUUUGGAGGAGGUGUCGCUCUGGCUGUGCCAACAAGUGUUGGAUGCUGUCCUGUUGGACCGAGCUGCUGCUGCUGCUGCU